UCCCUGCUCCCACCAGCCCCGGGGGCUCCCUGCUCCCCCCAGCCCCGGGGCUCCCUGCUCCCACAGCCCCGGGGGCUCCCUGCUGCUCCCUGCUCCCCCCAGCCCCGGGGCUCCCUGCUCCCCCCAGCCCCGGGGCUCCCUGCUCCCACAGCCCCGGGGGCUCCCUGCUGCUCCCUGCUCCCCCCAGCCCCGGGGCUCCCUGCUCCCCCCAGCCCCGGGGCUCCCUGCUCCCACAGCCCGGAUGAAUAGCGGAGGUGAAAGUGCCCCUGGUUGUGCCUCCUGUUGUUGACGAUGGUGAUGCCCAGAAAAUGGCACCUCCUACAGGCGGAAUCACUGAACUGCAGCCCGCAGUGGUUAAACCCACCGGUGGACUCUGUUUGCUGGGCGCAUACACAGAUAGCGAUGAAGAAGAAACUGACUCUCCUGUAAAAGCCUCAGUAGGAUCUUCUACAAAGGCCAACACAUCUGCAGAUAUUGACAGCACCUUGGCUAAUUUCCUUGCGGAAAUUGAUGCUAUCACUGCUCCACUCCCCCCCCCCCGAUGGCGAUGCCUCUGUCACAUCUGCCGUGUGUCCAACACCACCAAGGCCUGAUCCCAAAGAUGCUCAUUCUUUAACCACCGCCACACAUAAUGGAGGAGACCAGAGUUUGGCAGGACAUGCGUGGCAGUUUGAUACUCAGUGCUCUCUGGCUGGAGAUGGGCGAUUGGCAGGAAGUAUGGGAUGAAAAUACAGGCUGUCAUUAUUAUUGGAACACUCAGACCAAUGAAGUGACCUGGGAACUGCCCCAGUGUCUCGCCACACAAGUUCAAGGGGUUCAAGGAUACACAAACAGUGCUACAGUUGGGGCCUCUGAGGUUUCCUGCGGGCCCUCUAAGGAGGCAAAAGAAGAAACCAUAAGAAGCAUCAGUUUACCCAUCAUUACUAAGAAAGAAGUAAAGAAGCUCUAAAUUAGUGCAAGUUCAGAUGCAUCAGGUUGCAGCAGGGCGGGGAGGCAGCUGAGGCAUGGGAAUGGCUGGCAGCCAAUCAACUGGCGACUGUUAUUACUAUCAAGGAGUCCAGUGCUACAGAUCAAGCAUGGCGGUUAAUGAUCUCCUAUCUGGAUAAAUACGAGUCAAAGAACACAAUGUAUCAUCACUGUAUCUUAAAUAAACUGCUGUCUCACGGAGUCCCUCUGCCCAACUGGUUAAUAAACCGUUACAAGGCUAUGGAUGCAGCAGAACUGCUCCGGCUUUACCUCAAGUAUGACCUGCUGGAAGAGGCUGCAGAGCUGGUGUUAGAAUAUGUAGACGCACUUCUAGGCAAAGGCCACCAGUAUUUUGGAAUACAGGCUCCUCUCUCUGCAACGUCUCAGUUGGUCUGGUUCCCUUAUUCAGCUAUUGACCAUCUCCGACUGGCUCUGGGCGAGAAUGAAAAUAACCAACACAAUCAGGCCAUUCUGGGCAAACUCCAGAGGAAAAUGGAUGAAUAUUUCCAGAAGCUGAAGAAAGCCACCGACGACUACAAAAAAUUAGUGCAGAAGCCGGUACGGGCGUAAAGUUGCGCAGUGAUGGCUCUGAGGAACCGAUGGAAACCAGGCACCAUGUUUAUAAUUCAGUGUAGAAUUCAUAAUAAUGUCAUUAGUUUUCUGUUUUGUAAAAAUAAACUAUUUUGUAUGAUGUU